AUGUCUAAAUUAAUUUAUAGAAGAUAUUUAGAAUGUCUAGUAUUAAACAAUAUACAGUUCUUUCCCAUAUAGGAUGUGGAUCAGAGCACCUCGUGUAUAAAGCUUAGUUUAGUUAAAAUUCUGAAUUAUAUGCAAUAACAAUUGAAAAAUCUCCACUAAUUGGCCAACUAGAGAAUGAGAUAAACAUGUUGUAAAAAUUAAGUGGAGUUGAAGGAGUUCCACAAAUAAAGUAGUGGAUUAACUAAUGAUAACAAACGGUUUUUGAUUGAGCCAUUAUUGCCUAGUAGUUUAUUAGAUUUAGCAAAGUCAAGAACAUUAUCUUUGCCCUUAAUAAUGACGAUUGGUUUAAGAGUAAUAGAAAUUUUAGAACAAGUUCAUAAAAAUAAUAUAUUACAUCUUGACAUAAAACCAGAAAAUAUCAUGUUGUCUUAUCUAAUAUCAAAUGAUCAAUAUUCCUAAAGCCUGGAUUGA